AUGAGUGAACCAUUAUCAGAAACCAGAUUAUUUAUCAGACCUCUUCCAUUUGACGUUCGUGAAGAAGAAAUUAAAGAUUUCUUUGGACCAAUUGGUGAAAUUAAAGAAGUUUCAAUUGCCAAUGGUUUUGCAUUUGUUGAAUAUGAAAAUGCAGAUGAUGCUAAAAAAGCUGUUGAAGAAUUAAACAACAAACAAUUUAUUGAUGCUCCUUUAGAAAUUCAAUUUUCAAGAGCUAGAAAAGAAAGAUUUAGAGUUUUAGUUUCAAAUAUCCCAGAAGGUUCAGCAUGGCAAGAUUUGAAAGACUUUGUUGUCGAUCAAGGUUUCGAAGUCACUUAUGCUAAUGUUCACACCAGAGAUAAUGAUGGUACCGGUGUUUUAGAAUUCCCAACUGAAGAUCAAUUAAAUGAUGCUUUAGCUAAAUUAAACGGUGCUGAUUUCAAAGGUGCCGCUUUAGGUUUAGAAAGAGAUUUAAACCCACCACCAAUCAGAUCAAGCCGUGGCCGUGGUGGCUUCGGUUUCAGAGGUGGUUUCAGAGGUGACUUUGGUGGUAGAGGUGGUUUCAGAGGCCGUGGUGGUUUCGGUGAUCGUGGUGGAUUCAGAGGUCGUGGUGGUUUUGGUGACCGUGGUGGAUUUAGAGGUCGUGGUGGUUUUGGUGACCGUGGUGGUUUCAGAGGUCGUGGUGGUUUCAGAGGUGACCGUGGUGGAUUCAGAUCAAGAGAUGAAGGUAGAGACUUUGGUGAAAGAAGUUUCAACAGAGAUAGAUCACCAGGUAGAUACUAA